CAAUAGGUCAGGUGAUUAUGGAUGCGUGAGUCUCUUUUGGUUUCAGAACCCUUCGAAAUAUGUCAAAUAAGUUUGUCCUUAAUUUGUAGUCCCGUAUAAAUGUGUUUACAUAAUAGCUCAAGCUGGAUAUCACCUGUCGACUUUGCAGUUUUCUCUUCCACUUUUCCACCAAGAGCUAUCUAAUCAAAUAAUCCUUUUUUGGUACCUGAUGGUUAAGAUUAGACACGAAUUCCUAAGUGGAUCCACGAUACGGCAGUCUUCCAUGUCUGUUUUUUUUGAGUGGAAUUAGGCUGUCAUCACAUCCGCCUAAGCUGGAGCGAUAAUUAAAUGCAUCUUCGAGGUGGCGAGUGAUAAGGGUUUAUAGUGGUCGCUCGAGAAGAGCCGGAUUAUCGAGUACUAUUUGUGUUUCCGCCCUGACCUUUAUGCGAGUAUCUUCUUACAAGUAACUCGAAGUUAGAACAUAGUUAACUAAUAUUAACUAUGGUUAGAAUCCUAAUAUCUCGAGCCACACGAAUAUUCAUGCUCGGAAAAGGGGCUACACGUUUCGAAUAAUUGCUUUGAUUACUUCUAACCAGUGGAGCAUUUCUUAUUGUCCGUCGUGACUAAUGGAUCGUGUCAAACCAUCCAACCGAUCGAAAUGGAAACCUGGCUUUCUUUYGUGGUUAACCCAAACAUUUUUGUGGGAUUGAGUAUUGGCGUAGAAAUGAUCUUGAAGGUAGCAUCACAACAGGAUGCGGUAAAUUGUUUAGCCUUGUGUAAUAUUGGCGACCAACAAACCGCGGAAAUGUCUAGACUGAGAUAGCCAAAAGACUAAAUGCUAUAUGUGCUCAGAUAAUCCCUUUCUUAUCUCAAGAUCAUCAACAACAAGUGGCAGCUGCAGUAGAAAGAGCUAAGCAAGUUACCAUGUCAGAAUUGAAUGCUAUUAUUGGACAGCAGCAACUUCAUCAACCUGGAAUGCAAGGUCUCCAUGCACAUGCCCCUACUAUUCCAUUGCCACACCCUGGUGCACUACCCCCUCAACUCCCCCCUGGUGCAGGAUCCGGGCUACUUGGAUUAUCUAGUCAGCCCCCUCAUCUUCCAAUCAAGGAUGAAAAAGGAUCAUUUUCUUCAUACUUCAGGUGGAUGCAAUCACUAAAUACAAUGAACUCUCUGUCACCUUUGUCUCGCCAAGAAAAAAUGUACAGUCGACCCUCAGACUUGUCAUCCCAUGGCAGCGAUGAUGGUGAACGUGAUCGAGAUCGAGACCGUGACCGAGAUCGUGACCGUGACCACCGUCACAGUGAAAGACAUAUGAAUGGAACUAAAAUUAGUAAAAGAAAAAGAGAUGAAAAAGAUUCUGGGGAAAGUGAUGGAGAAAAAAGUGAUGGUGAUCUAGUAGUCGAUGUUUCCAAUGAGGAUGCUGCCUCACCCCAUAGAAUUGAAAAUGGCCCUGACUCACCACCUUUAAAUGAAAAGAAAAGCAGAAAAGAGACAGGCUCGCCAUCAUCAUCGUCAUCAACACCUUCAUCCAAACAUCGUGAUAGAGACAGAGAUAGAGAUAGAGAGCGGGAACGAGACAGGGAAAGAGAACGGGAUCGUGAAAGAGAGCGUGAUCGAGAAAGAGAUACAAAGUCAGUAGAAAACAAAGCAGCAUCAGAUUCUGGAUCCGUAGGGAAAAAAAGUCCAUCAAGAUCAACAUCCCCUCCUAUUAAACAUCCAAUAGCUCAAGCAAUACGUACUCCAAUCUCUGUACCCGGCGGAGGACCAGGUUAUCCCUUUAGCAACCCUCACAGCAUGUCAGGGCUUAUGUCAAGUAGUAUGCCAGGUUAUGGAAGAGCACCUUUGGUUGGCUAUGACCCAUCAGCUCAUUCUCGACUUGGUGCAUCACCAUUGAGCUCUGGUGCCCCACCUGGUGGAAAAUCUGCUUAUUCUUUUCAUGUUAUUGGCGACGGCCAAAUGCAGCCUGUCCCAUUCCCACCUGAUGCACUGAUAGGAUCAAAUAUUCCCCGACAUGCUAGACAAAUAAAUCAGUUAAACCAUGGAGAAGUUGUGUGUGCCGUUACAAUAAGUAAUCCCACAAGACAUGUAUACACGGGUGGUAAGGGCUGUGUCAAAGUAUGGGAUAUUAGUCAAGCUAGUGGGAAAAACCUUAUUUCAACUUUAGAUUGCUUGCGUGAUAAUUAUAUUCGUUCUUGUCGUCUUUUGCCUGAUGGCCGAACUCUUAUUGUUGGUGGUGAAGCYAGUACACUUACAAUUUGGGACCUUACUUCACAACCAAGAAUAAAAGCCGAGUUAACGUCAAAUGCUCCUGCUUGCUAUGCCCUGGCUUUAAGUCCAGAUUCAAAAGUUUGCUUUAGCUGCUGUAGUGAUGGUAAUAUUGCAGUGUGGGAUCUUCAUAACCAAACCUUAGUUAGACAAUUUCAAGGACAUACAGAUGGUGCUAGUUGUAUCGAUAUUUCACCAGAUGGAACAAAACUAUGGACAGGUGGUUUGGAUAAUACUGUAAGRUCAUGGGAUCUGAGAGAAGGUCGACAACUACAGCAACAUGAUUUCAGUUCUCAGAUAUUCUCAUUAGGCUAUUGUCCAUCUGGAGACUGGCUAGCUGUAGGGAUGGAGAAUAGCAAUGUAGAAGUUCUUCACCAAACUAAACCUGAUAAAUAUCUACUACAUCUACAUGAAAGUUGUGUAUUAUCUUUGAAGUUUGCCUAUUCUGGAAAAUGGUUUGUAACAACUGGUAAAGAUAACUUGUUAAAUGCAUGGAGAACACCAUAUGGAGCCAGCAUCUUCCAGUCAAAAGAAUCAUCUUCAGUCCUAAGCUGUGAUAUUUCUGGAGAUGACAAGUACAUUGUUACUGGCUCUGGUGACAAGAAAGCUACGUUGUACGAAGUGAUUUUCUAAUGAAACUCCGUGUACACUGUCUGAUCCAGAUGAAGAACAGCUCAGCGUCUCCAACCAUGUAUAGCGGGUUGGCAUAUUUGAUUCCAAACAAGAUAUAUGAUUUUGAGAAUGGUGUGGAUAUUGGAGUACUCAAUUGUAUCUCUCCAAAGUUAAAAAGAAAUAAUYUUUAUUCACUGGCUACAGGGGAACAUUGAUGCUAGAAACUGAACACUGCACAAAAACACCCUUACUAGCGAUAUGAAUAUUCACGACUCCGAUGUUAAUUUGUAUUAAUAAAUUAGAAAAGAAUUUAAUUUUUUGUUGGAAAAAAUGACGACAUAGAUUCGAGUUAAAUUUAAACGCAAGCAUACAAUGCUUUAUACACAUACAUCAAGUCAAGAACCAUUAGAAAUGCAAAGGGAAAUGUAAAGAGAAACGAAAAAUUAAAAGAAAAAAAUCCUCUCAGUGAAUAUAAGCUUAUAAAGGGAAUAAAAGUUUAAAGUUUGUUAGGAAAAUUUUUGUUCGCUUCAAAAUAAAAUAAAACUCGUAGAACUCUUUGAAUUUCUAAUGGUACUUCUCCAUGUUCSACUUCCCCAUCGUUCCAUUGUUAUUAUAAGGUCGUUUCUACUUAUGCUGUACAAUGUAUAUGAAUCGUUUUUAAGGCUUGUAAAUGGCCGUGUUUGAAAUAAUUGACACAUGUACAUAAGGCGGUCAAGAGGGUGCCAUAUGUGCAACAACACAGCAAACUUCAACACUGAAUUUUUGUAAAAUAAAAGCUAUGGCGUGUUUACCAAA